CCAUUGCCGGAGUCAUGGCAAGGUACAUAUCGAUAUGGAAGCUAUCCGUGGUUGUUUGCCUGGGCGGUUCACUCGCCAUAUGCGCCUGCUUCUUCGCGCCUUCGAUGCUCUUCCUCGACGUCUUCUUGGGUAUCGUGCACGGCACCUGUAUCGGUUUUCUGAGCCUCUUCAGCGUCGUUGUACAACGGAACUUUCUCAAGCACCGCGCAGUGGCAUCCGGCAUCGCCACUGCAGGCUUCACAGUUGGAGGACUCGUCUUCCCGCCGGUCAUGAAGACACUGGAGGAGAAAUACGGAAUCCGUGGCACCUUCUUAAUUUUAGGAGCCACAAUGCUGAACUCUGUGGCCGGUGCUUUGCUGCAACGCACGCCGCCGCCAGCUCAACCGCAACGAGAAAAAAAUGGGGCCUCGGCCCACGAUUCAGAUAGAAGAUAUAUUAUCCUCCGUAGUGGCGACGAAUUCAAGAGGCCGCUUCAGUGUUCCGAUUAUCCACACCCACUCGACGAUGCCAGUUUUUGUGGAUGCAAUCGCACCCCCGAUCAGUGUUGCCCGGAGGUCGACCGAUUGGCAAUUGAAGGACAGGACGUCGAUUGCUACGAGUCUAAAUGGGAAGGAACUGUGCAAGAUGGCGCUGUUUCAGUCCGUUUCCACCAUGCGAAAAAGGACGUUCGCUUUCCGGUAGAGGAGGGCGCUGUACCACAGCUAGUCGGAGAGGGCGAAGGUCGAACUUUUCUCUCUUUUCUCUUGUCACCUGAAUUUUAUCUCAUCGCCUUUUCGUUUUCUGCGAUGCACUUUAACAUGACGACGUAUACUACGGUUGUAGUCGACUUUGGAGUUGACCGUGGGAUACCUGCGUGGAACGUAGUGUACCUAGUGUCAAUCUACGCAUUGACCGACCUGCUGGCUCGGCUCGGCUCUGGUUGGAUUACCGACAGGAAGUAUCUGCGAAAAAGCACCAUGAUGGCGUCUCACCUGGCGCUCUGGGGCGCAUCGCUCUGCCUGAUGCCGCUUUGUAGUUCCUAUCCAAAGCAAGUCGCUUUGUCAAUCUUAUCUGGCUAGUGCAAUGGUUCAACGAUAAUACUUAUAGUUGUGCUCUUCAUGGAGUUGGUGGACACUGACAAGGUUGGUGUCUGCUUCGGAAUCGCCAAUGCAGUCGCUGGACUUGUGGGACUCGCCAGGCCGUUACU